AAUCAAAGCUCAUAAGAGUUAUUGUUGAAGUUAUAUGGAAAAGAUUGCAACGUACAUCAUUCAGUUAUGAAGAAAAUCAAGUUGGAAUUUACUCAAGAUUAUAGCCAGUCCACUUCUUUUUAGAUGAAGGGGUGGAUGACGUCCGCUUCAUUGGUAUAUGGGGAAUGGGCGGGAUUGGUAAGACAACUAUGGUAAGAGCGGUGUAUGCGAGAAUCUCUCGUGAAUUUGAAUUUAGUUUCCUUCUUACUGAUGUUAGAAAGUCCGUUGAAGAAAGUAGUCUACUUAAGUUACAAAAGCAACUUCUCUCUGGAAUUUGGACAAGGAAGGCCAACUUAUCAGACCCUCAUGAAGGAGCCACCUUUAUAAGGAGGUUGUUAGGUCACAAAAAAGUUCUUCUCGUUCUUGAUGAUGUGAACCAUCCAAGCCAUUUAAAAUAUUUGGCAGGAAACCAAGACUGGUUUGGUUCAAGGAGUAGAGUGCUUAUCACAACUAGAAAUGAGCAUUUGUUGAUUCAGCAUGGAGUGGAGAGAAGAUUGAAGGUCGAAGAAUUAAAUGAUGAUGAUUCUCUUAAGCUUUUUAGCUGGAAUGCAUUCAAAAGAGGUUACCCUGAAGAAGAUUUUCUUGGUUUGUAAAAAUCUGUUGUAAGGUAUGCCAAAGGUCUUCCUCUAGCUCUUGAAGUACUGGGUUCUUUUUUGUAUCGAAGAGAUCUAAGUAAAUGGAACAGUGCACUGAUAAAGCUGGGAAGAGUUUGUAACUUGAAAAUUUUUGACAUACUUAAAAUAAGUUACAAUGAUCUAGAUUCCGAAGAGAAGAAAAUUUUCCUAGACAUUGCAUGUUUCUUUAAUGGACAGGACGAAGAUCGAGUAACAGAAGUACUAAACAGUUGCGAUUUUUCUGCAAUUAUUGGAAUACAAGUUCUUAUCGAAAGAUCUCUCUUGACUGUUUCGCAUGGAAGACUAAGGAUGCACGAUUUUCUCCAAGAAUUGGGAUGGGAUAUUGUCCGCGGGGCAUCUCCUAAC